GAGCAGCUAGUAUUUACUUAUAAUUAGUAAAGACUACGUCGCGUCGUACAGUAAUAUACAACGAAACCUAUAAUCAAAUCAGGUGACAGGCACAACAACUGUGUUUUUAAAAAUAAUCAAACAUCAUUUCAGCCUUGAGCUAGACGAUUCACGGUUCGGUAUCUAUUAUAUUCGGUAUAAUUGUUGCGUUUAGUUGAAGUUGAAACACAAUAAUUCAAUCAUACACGAACGUUUUUAUUGUGUAGUGACGAUGACUGUGCUGUCGGAAGAUAUUUGUGAAUUAAUUCAACAAUGCUUCAACGAAAAAAUCGAAAAUUUUGAUAUCAAAAUAAACGAAGGAAACAAAAAAGGUGAGGGAUACAUUGGAGAAAUUAUUUUUGCUUCGCUGGAAAAUAAAGUAACCGGCAAAGAAGAACAUUUGGUGAUAAAAAAAGUAUUUGGUAGUGAAAUAGAAAAGACGCGUGAAUUUUUAUCUUCGUCGUAUUUAAACGAAAUCUUGUUUUACAAAAAUGUGUGGCCUGAGUUAAGGAAGUUCCAGGACACAUUUCCAGAAAUCAAACCUGUGGAUGUGGUACCAAAAUGUUACGGAACAUCUAGUGUUAAGGGAAGCGAAAAAGUGAUUUUGGAAAAUUUAAAGUUUAAAGGUUAUGAGAUACAUCCCAAACGGACGCCGUUAAGCAAAGAACUAUAUGAAGAUAUCUUUGCUUUAUACGGAAAGUACCAUGCAACCUCUUUUGCAUACAAACAUUACCAUCCGGAAGAAUUUCAAAAACUGACGGUGGAUUUAAAAAAUAAUUGGUGUGGUUUCCAAGAAACAGAACUCUGUAUUACAGCUAUUAAACACAGUUUUGUGGGUGUUAAAAUGAUUCUGGAGUAUACCAAAGAAGAAGAAAUUUUAAAGAAAAUGGCUCCUUAUAUUGAAAAUGCUAGGAAGAUUUUUUCUGACAGUCUUAACUAUGAAGGGCCAAAUUCAGUUUUAAUACAUGGUGAUUGCUGGAGCAAUAACAUGAUGUUUAAGUACAAUGAUAAAAAGGAACUAGAAGAUAUAAAACUAUUAGAUUUCCAAAUGUCAAGAGCAUCAACUCCUGUAUUUGAUCUUACAUAUACAUUUUAUUCCGGAGCUGGUCCGGAAGAACUUAAAAAUUGGGAACAUUUCUUAAAAAUUUAUCACAACAGCCUCAAAUCAUCACUGCAACAGUAUAACCUGGAUGGUGAUAAAAUUUAUCCAUAUGAAACGCUCAAAGCAGAGUGGAAAGAAUAUAUUCAGUUUGGUUUUAUCAUGGGUAUUAUGAUUUGGGGUGCAAAGUUUGUUGAGGAGGACGAAAUGAUUGACUUGGAUGUUACAGAAAAGAAGGAGGAACGAUCAAGCUUGAAAGCAAAAGAACAAUAUGCUUAUCAUGUUUUAGCUGUAAUUGAACAUUUUUUAUUAAAUAACUUUUUCAUUGAAAGUUGAUAUUUUUAAGAUUUUAUAUGUGUAUAUUUUUUAUAUUCAGAAAAUAAAGACAAAGAUUAUUCAUGUA